AUGACUCAACUGUUUCGUUAUCAAUGUCAAACUGUCACAUCCCCAUCUCAAUAUGUCAGCUAUGCUAAAUUAGGUGACGGUGUGAUGGAUUGUGCCGAUGGAAGUGAUGAAGUAUCCAAUGAGAUCCGCUGGUCAACCUUCAAAUGUGAUGUGAAUGAUAACUAUGCAUGUUGGGUUUUUCAAGGCGAUCAGUUCGGAGAGAAUCGUCUAAAAGACGCCCGACUUCACUUUCAUCGUUAUUGUGAUUCGAUCUGGGAUAUAAUGGAUGGCCGAGACGAAAGGAACUGCUCACAUUGGAUAUGUGAUUCUGGUUUGUACAAGUGCAAUCGAACAGGACAAUGCAUCGAGCGAAAAUAUAUUUGUGAUGGAGAACUUGAUUGUGAUGAUGGCGAGGAUGAAGUCAGUUGUCCUCAGGUAUUACAGAAAUGGAAAUUUGAACUGAACUGUAACAAUCUCACUGAAUAUUUUUGUAUAACUGCUGAGUAUAUCAAGAAUCAAAGUUUGAGUCGUUCUUGUAUUCAUCGAAGUCGAGUAGGUGACGGGCAUAUUGAUUGUAUUGGAGCUCGUGAUGAACGUAAUGUUGCAUCGU